AUGGUCUCUAGGACACCCUUCGUUCACUAUCAAAAAACCGACCCCGGUGUGCUGCUAAGAUAUGCGGAAAACCUCUAUGAAAGUGGCACAUUUCACCAGUUUUUGACACCGCAGCAGCUUAUAGUGCUCGAUAGAGUGCUGAGAAUACAGGACCCUUCUUAUAAAAGCGAUGUGUGGCUAGAGCUCAUCAACAGUAAUAUUGCGCUAGAAGUGGUCAAAAAACUGGAACAAAAGAUGAAUGAUCGCCCGUCUGGUGAAAAUCCUGUUGCCGAAAAUAUCGAACAGGACAGUGGAAAUGCAUCUGGCAUCGCAACACCAUUUGCAAAAACGCCCCAUGUUAUCACAACCUCGAGCUCUGUGCAGAAAGCUGAAGAAGAAGCAGAGACUCCGAAAAAGGAAUCUGAACUAUCUUUGGAAGCUGACUUUUCUGAAGUAGACUUGGAAAACUUACAGCAACAGAUGAGCGGAGUGGAGUUCAUAGGUAAUCUCGCCUUGAAAAUCAGAUACGUUUUGUGGCAAAGUGCCAUAGAUCCACUGUACCAGCCUUCCUCUGAAGAAUUGCAUCAAGCUUUGCCAUUAGAGACAAUAACGCCUGAAAACACGAAAUCACCAGAACCGGUGAUAGGCCAAAAUCGAGCGAUAGACUCACGAAAAGAGGAACAGGAAGACACGGAUUAUGAUGAUGACGAAGAAGACGACAAAAAUUCUGGAGACAAUCAGCAAUCCCAUAUUGAAGACUCACAGGAUAGCUCAAAGCCCGAUGAAAUUCGGGCAUCUUACGAUGACAAUGGACGCUUAAUAUUCGUGCUUGAAAUAUCAAGAGACACAUUGUUGGAUCUGGGUGUCACAAAUACACAAGCCGUCAUCGAAAGCUUCAAUAAAAUCUAUCACAGUUUUGAAAACGAUCGCGAGACUCUAUUAAAGCGGCUAAAGCUGGAGGAGAGCGACAAGCUGCUUGAACCGACCAAAAAGAGAUCGAGGAGUGAAACGGGCGAUUUAAGUAACGAAGAUAUGAAGGCCCCGACGUCUUCAGAAUCAGACUUUAAGAAGUCCAAAAUGCAAAGUUCGGACGCUCCUGCGUUGUCUGUGAAUCUCGGAUCCGCGAACCUUUCUCUCAAACAUCUUUUGGCCUCCAUCCAGGACAACAAAUCGAAACUCAAUAUAACCGACUAUGAACUGAGGCAUUUGGUCAUGGACGUCAAGAAGAACCGAUCGAAGUGGGCUUCCGACGAUAAAAUAGGUCAAGAAGAAUUAUACGAUGCAUGCGAAAAGGUCGUGUUGGAGCUCCGCAAUUUCACGGAACACUCUACAGCGUUUCUCAACAAAGUCAGUAAGAGGGAGGCCCCCAAUUAUUAUCAGAUUAUCAAAAGACCAAUGGACCUGAACACAGUUUUGAAAAAGCUCAAAACGUAUCAGUACAAUUCUAAACAAGAAUUUGUGGAUGAUGUGAUGCUCAUUUGGAAAAACUGUCUUACGUACAAUUCGGACCCUAAGCAUUUUCUGCGAACACACGCAAUAGCCAUGCAGAAGAAGUCGCUGACACUCAUUCCGCUGAUACCAGAUAUUACAAUCAGAGACCGAUCCGAGGUGGAGAAAGAAUUAGAGGACAUAGACAAGGAUAAUGAUAAAGAAGAAGAAGCUGAGGAAGAAGCUUCUGGAACGGGAAGAAAGGGGGGAAAUGUCCGUGGGAUAAAGCAGGAUGGCGAAGAGAAGGAAUCUCAUGCAUCUACAGAGCAUACUGGUACGAAGAAGGCUAUAGAUGGGCAUUCGAACUCAGAAAAUACUUCAAAUACCGAUCGAAGUGAGGAUGCCAAUGCUUUCUCUCAGGACGCCAGCGUGAAUAUCUCUAACACAAAGGAAUCCCAGGAAGAUCAUGAAGAGUUGAAGGAUCAAAUCCAGACUGGUAAGCAUGUAAGGAAUGAAGUUUCGGAGCAGGCUGCUGAAGCGAAUAAUUCAAGUGCUCCGAAUAUUUUGUCCGAAUCACAGAAAGCGAUUCAGGGAGUGAAAGAGUCUUCUGAGGUAGAAGAAGAAGAAGAAGAAGAAGAAGAAGAGGAUGAAGAAGACGAAGAAGGUGACAUGGAAACCAAUAUGUAUUUGGUGGAAAAGGAUGAUGACAGAGACGACUUAGAGCUCUCUACUUGGAAAAAUGCCACUGCGAGUGUUCGAGCGGAGUUGUGUAUCAAAAGAGCUGGUUUAUUCACUGAUAACACCAUGAAUCCGAAAGCGCCGGCCAUACUCAGGAAUCCUGGGAAAAUGAAAGAUUUUGACCAGCUGGUCAAGGAAUACAAAGAUCAGCAGGACGCUGAGAUGCAAAGGCGCAAGCUGGAACAGGAGUCGAUAAUGAAAAAUGGCUUUGGCACAGUCGUAAAGCAGGAAGAGGAAGAAACUGCAUCAUUGCAGGCACAGCAGCCUUCGGGUAUGAGCAACGAUAAUGAGGUCGAGAAAGCGUCUACCGAGAUUGAACUCGAUGAUGUAAAUGUUUUGAGCGAGUAUAAUGUUGCCAAUGCGGUUCCCAAGAUUGGAUACACUGGGCUGGACGAUAAAGCCAUUGAUGAUGAGGAAAGCAAACUUGUUGAAUCGAUACUCUCUCAGGGCAAUCUACCGGAGACUUCAUAUCUGGCAAACAAAAAUAAAGGAUUGAAUCCGAAGAUAAAUGCCAAUAUCCGGUUGAUUCAAGAAGUAAGGCACAUUUGCCACAAGAUUGCUUUGAUAAGAAUGUUGCAAAAUCCUCAGACCUCCUCUCAAGUGAGGAAUAACUCUACAAAUCCUAACGGCCAGAUAUGGGACACUCACAAGUACAAGUUCACCUCAAUCGAUGAUGACUUAGAUUUGGAUCCCGUUUCUAGGCUGCCGACACGAAACAACAAACAAGACAAACAUCUGAUUUGCCGCUUGAUGCAUAAGAAUGUAUCAAAAAUCGCAAUGUCAAAUGGAUUUGAAAGCUCUCAGCCGGUAGCGAUAUCAAUGCUCACCGAAAUUGCCGGAGAAUACCUUUCCAAUUUGGUGAAGACUGUAAAAAUCCACCAUGAAAGUAAUUCGCUAAAUCCCAAAAAGCCGUACGAGAUCUUACAAAUGUCUUUGUUGGAGAAUGGCAUAAAGAAACCGGAUGACCUGUAUUCAUACAUGGAGGCCGAGUUUGUGAAGAAGAAUAACAAAUUGAAGGACAUAAAGCUGAAGCUCAAUAAUUUUCUCAAAGAGCUUUUGCGCCCGACGCUACAAGACCUUUCUGAAAAGAACUUCGAAGAUGAAAGUCAAAGUUUUAUGACUGGCGAUUUCUCGAGUGAAAUUACCGGAGAGGACUUCUUUGGUUUCAGAGAUUUGGGUCUGGAUCGUGAAUUUGGGGUUUUGAGUAAUUCGGUACCUAUGCAACUCUUGACUUUUCAAUUUCAAGGCAAGGGUUCUGAGGACAAAGUGCAGGACAAGAAGAUUCAGCCUGAAGAAUUUAAUGAUGUCACCUACGCCGAAAUCCCAACCAUUGAUGUGGAGGAUGGUAAAUUCUGGCCCACGUUGCAGCCUCUUUUGGAAAAGGCUCUUGUCCGCUUCAAAGCAUACAAUGCCAAGGUUGGAAAAUCAAAAGCCAGCGACGGGAGUCCGAAGGAGGAAAGUGUUGACGUGGCAACACAGAUUUUAACCGAAGACGAUGAAAGGCCAUCUAAAUCGAAGUCGUCUGGAAAACCAAGAUUACCACCUACCGGGAAAAUCAGCACCAACUACAGGAAAAAACCCAUAUCCGACGCAUUCUACGCUCCUGACAUUCCCCGGGACCCGGUCGUCCCCAAAUUAGAAGACGGAAAUGAAGAUGGUGACUUAAAGAUUCCGAAGGUGAACAGUGUACAAUCCAACGGCUCAACCGAUGACCAUGAAUCUUUUAUGCUGAGUUUACCCAAAGUUUCCGAAUGA